GUACAACUCCCACAAUGCAGUGCGUUUUCAAAAUGUCGCCCUCCUUCGUGAUCUGACUUCUGUACCACCAGACAACAACAAAGCAUAGCUUCAUUUAGAAAAUCUGACAGUCUACAUAAAUACUUGUAUUUAAUGAAGCAUGAGACUGCUGAUUACAGUUGCCAGAAUAAUUCAUAAACGGCCUUUGUGCAGUUCAACAUCAUGUAUAAGUUCGGCAGAGAGUUGCUCCGGAGCUGCUACGAAGAGCGGCCUGCAGUUCAGAGAUGACCAGCUAGUCUGCGGUUCGACCCGGGAGUUGGUCCAGAGGCUUCGAGGACAGGUGGAGGUGAGGACGGAAUUCAUAAGUGAGGAAGAGGAGGGUGCUCUCAUUAAAGAACUCGAGCCUGGGCUGAGGAAGAAAAGAUACGAGUUCGACCACUGGGACGAUGUAAGUUGUAAAUCGACCUUGCUUGUUGACUACAAGGUGCCCAGCUCACACUAACUAGCUAGAUAAUGGAUGUGGCUAAAGCUGCUGCACGUCUUACACUCAGAGGGGCUGCUUCAGUAUGCAAGGAGGAGCUCUUUUGGUUAAUUUCCCUAUUGGCAUCAUGCAAAUGCUUUGUUGUCUUAUAUUUCACUUACAAACAUGUAGAGAUUAAAACAGUAGCAGCAAUAACAACCAUAUCCAUAUUCUACUAGAUGCUGUAAAGUGUCAUAUUUGAAUUGAGUUAGGCUAUUAAUCAUCGCCAUUAUGCAUUAAAAGUUUAAUAGAUCUUAAUUUAGAUUUUUUUAUUUUUUAUUUAUUUCACCUUUAUUUAACCAGGUAAGCCAGUUGAGAACAAGUUCUCAUUUACAACUGCGACCUGGCCAAGAUAAAGCAAAGCAUUGCGAUAAAAACAACAGACUUACAUAUGGGGUAAAAGAAAACAUAAAGUCAAAAAAAAAAAUAUAUAUAUAUAUAUACAGUGUGUGCAAAUGUAGCAAGUUAUGGACGUAAGGCAAUAAAUAGGCUAUAGUGCAAAAUAAUUACAAUUAGUAUUAACACUGGAAUGAUAGAUGUGCAAAUAGAGAUACUGGGGUGCAAAUGAGCAAAAUAAAUAACAAUAUGGGGAUGAGGUAGUUGGGUGGGCUAAUUUCAGAUUGGCUGUGUACAGAUGCAGUGAUCAGUAAGGUGCUCUGACAACUGAUGCUUAAAGUUAGUGAGGGAGAUGAGUCUCCAGCUUCAGAGAUUUUUGCAAUUUGUUCCAGUCAUUGGCAGCAGAGAACUGGAAGGAAUGGCGGCCAAAGGAGGUGCUGGGUGGGUGUUGCUAUGGUGACCAAUGAGCUAAGAUAAGGCGGGGAUUUGCCUAGCAGUGAUUUAUAGAUGGCCUGGAGCCAGUGGGUUUGGCGACAAAUAUGUAGUGAGGACCAGCCAACAAGAGCUUACAGGUCACAGUGGUGGGUAGUAUAUGGGGCUUUGGAGACAAAGAUAGACUUUGGCACUGUGAUAGACUACAUCCAAAUUGCUGAGUAGAGUGUUGGAGGCUAUUUUGUAAAUGACAUCGCCGAAGUCAAGGAUCGGUAGGAUAGUCAGUUUUACGAGGGCAUGUUUGGCAGCAUGAGUGAAGGAGGCUUUGUUGCGAAAUAGGAAACCGAUUCUAGAUUUAACUUUGGAUUGGAGAUUCUUAAUGUGAGUCUGGAAGGAGAGUUUACAGUCUAACCAGACACCUAGGUCAAACCCGUCGAGAGUAGUGAUUCUAGUCGGGUGGGCGGGUGCCAGCAGCGUUUGAUUGAAGAGCAUGCAUUUAGUUUUACUAGUGUUUAAGAGCAGUUGGAGGCUACUGAAGGAGUGUUGUAUGGCAUUGAAGCUCGUUUUGAGGUUUGUUAACACAGUGUCCAAUGAAGGGCCAGAUGUAUACAAAAUGGUGUCGUCUGCGUAGUUGUGGAUCUGAGAGUCACCAGCAGCAAGAGCGACAUCAUUGAUAUACAUGGAGAAAAGAGUCGGCCCAAGAAAAGAGUCGGCCCACCCCCAUAGAGACUGCCAUAGGUCCAGACAACAGGCCCUCCGAUUUGACACAUUGAACUCGAUCUGAGAAGUAGUUGGUGAACCAGGCGAGGCAGUCAUUUGAGAAACCAAGGCUAUUUAGUUGAACAGUCAGGGCCCGGUUUCCCAAUAGCGAUGCAAUUUAGGUUUAUGCGUGUUUUAACGAUGCAUCGGCUGAAGAUGUAACAUGCGUUUCCCAAAACACCACGCAGAAAGAACGUUUGCCAAGUGCAUCGUUGGAUCGUUUGUUGAUACUGAUACUGAUAGGAGAGAAAAAAGCUAGCAGUGCUCUCGGAUCAGCUUUCUCCAUUCAAAUCUCACAUUCACUUUAAAAUUAUUCCACAAUACUGAAUAGCUCAAGAGAGAUAUUAUCACCUAGGCCUAUAUGGCUGCAAAUAUUGAGGCUGCUUAUUCUAAUACUUACCCAAUAGUUAUGCAAUAAAUCACAGAUUUGGCACAAUAUUGCACACGUUACACAUCAUGAAAUACACUGAACAAAAAUAUAAACGCAACAUGUAAAGUGUUGGUCCCAUGUUUCAUGAGCUGAAAUACAAAAUCCCAGACAUUUUCCAGAUGCACAAAAAGCUUAUUUCUCUCAAAUUGUGUGCACAAAUUUGUUUACAUCCCUGUUAGUGAGCAUUUCUUAUUUGCCAAGAGAAUCCAUCGACCUGACAGGUGUGGCAUAUCAAUAAGCUGAGUAAAUGGCAUGAUCAUUACACAAGUGCACCUUGUGCUAGUGACAAUAAAAGGCCACUAAGGUGGUGAGGAGUAUUUCUGUCUGUAAUAAAGCCCUUUUGUGGUGGAAAAACGAAUUCUGAUUGGCAGGGCCUGGCUCCCCAGUGGGUGAGCCUGGCUGCCAAGUGGGUGGGCCUAUGCCCUCCAAGGCCCACCCAUGGCUGCACCCCUACCCAGUCAUGUGAAAUCCAUAGAUUAGGGCCUAAUUUAUUUAUUUCAAUUGACAGAUUUCCUUAUAUGAACUGUAAAUCUUUGAAAUUGUUGCAUGUUGCUUUUUAUAUUUUUGUUCAGUAUAUAUUGAGGCAAAAAUAACAGCCAGUGUAGGCUACAAUUAGCAAAAUAUAACCCAAUUUACUGAACAGAUUUCAACAUGAUUGAAAAAUAUAGGCCUAUGUCAGUGGUGGUCGGUGCCGUUUAAGAUGAGGGAGGAUGAUUUUUGAAAUGAUGAGCAUGGCCUUAUUUCGAUUACAGCAUAUUAGAUGACUGUCAUUCAUAUUUCAUUUACCCAGCUCAAUGUAACGUCGAUAGGUUUAGGCUACUACAUGAUACUACUUCAUGAUUUUCCCUAUACCCAUCAUAAGGUUGCUACGAUCUAGCCUCUGAAUGAAAGUUUACAAUGUAGGUGCACAGGUCGAGAGAAAAAUUAGAGUAAUCAAGGUGACAAUGACACAUUCAAUACCGCCUUGUACACUCUUGCCUGCAGCUAGCUGAUCUAUUCCUUCUCACUUCUACGCUCUCCCCUCCUCUCAUCUUUUCCCUUUGCUUGUGGAUUUCAGUGCACAACAAAUCAGCUGUCUGUGACCAGGCGAAAAUACCUUUCCAAGCCAAACCUUCAUAUCAUAACCGCUAUACUCAGCCUACAUUGUUGUCCCCAUAUUAGCUAACGUCAUAAUCAACAUAGCUACUAGAACUAACGCGUUAGUAAACCCAUUACAAUCAUGCAGUACAGUCAGCAAGCAGUUUAGCAGUUACACCUGCGUGCCCCGGUGGCAAUAAAUUAAUAAAACCAAAAGCUUACCUUGACUUUGAAGAGUUCCAGUGUUGGAUAGCCAUAGCCAGCUAGCUAACAUAGCAUCCCUCUCUGUCUGAGCUGGGUGUUUUGAGUAGGCUAAACUAGGUAGCUAAGUGAAAGAAAAAAAUACAACGAAGUAUAGCUAGGUCUCUCUCUCUUGCUUCUCCUUCAUUUUUAAACACAUUUAUUUGUUCAAAACUGUUCAACUGUUGUCUUUCUCUCUCUUUGAGUCAACUACUCACCACAUUUUAUGCACUGCACUGCAGUGCUAGCUAGUUGGAGAUUAUGCUUUCAGUACUAGAUUCAUUCUCUGAUCCUUUGAUUGGGUGGACAACAUGUAAGUUCAUGCUGCAAGAGCUCUGAUAGGUUGGAGGAUGUCCUCUGGAAGUUGUCAUAAUUACAAUGUAAGUCUAUGGACGGGGGUGAGAACCAUGCGCCUCCUAGGUUUUGUAUUGAAGUCAAUGUACCCAGAGGAGGACGGAAACUAGCUGUGGUGCUACCCUACAGAGUGCUGUUGAGGCUACUGUAGACCUUCAUUGCAAAACAGUGUGUUUUAAUCAAUUAUUUGGUGACGUGAGUAUAUUUAGUAUAGUUUUAUCUAAAAAUGAUAACUUUUUUAAUGUUUCUCUAUUUGUAUUUUUAUGAAAUUCACUGAGCAGGAUGGUCCUCCCCUUCCUCCUCUGAGAAGCCUCCACUGGCUUAUGUAGCCUAUAACCUACUGUAGCCUAUUAAUGCAGUCAUCUUGGUUUUCAUUUGAAGCAUCUUUUUAUCCUUUGCUUGUUUGAAACAAUUGCAAAGACAUUGGCAACGUUGUAUUUGUAGUCAACUUCGUUCCGAAGUAAUCGGCGGUCACAGCGAGACAGAUAAACAGCUUGAUUCUAUGUUUGACGCCGGAAGGGCAAAAAAGAAUCCAACGACGCACUUGGCUGAUCUACAAGUGGUCUGAGGCAGUCGGUAAAUAACACGCGUUUUCAAUUGCAACUUUAGUGACGAUGGUUUUGGGAAACAGCUCUGAGAUUUAAUGAUGCACCUACGAAGGUUCUAGCGAUGAACUCAGCCUUAAGAUGCUUUUGGGAAACCGGGCCCAGAACAGUGUUUGUUGGCAAUCAGGUAUUGAAAAUGGAAAAUAAAAUCACUCUCUGAUGAUGUAAAAUCCUUUAAAUCAAUGUAGAAUAUCCAAAUAAUUUCACUCCUGGAACCCGGUCCCCCUCCCCAAUUCCACCCCUGUUACCCCUGUUGACAAUGAUAAUUCCCUUGACGCCCCUACCAACAUUGAAUAAAAAAAAUUCAUUCUUUCAACAUUGUGACACAAGCCUACCAGACGAGCUAAAUUACUUCUAUGCUCACUUUGAGGCAAGCAACACUGAAGCAUGCAUGAGAGCAUCAGCUGUUCCGGACGACUGUGUGAUCACACUCUGUAGCCGAUGUGAGUAAGACCUUUAAACAGGUCAACAUUCACAAGGCCGCAGGGCCCGACAGAUUACCAGGACGUGUACUCCGAGCAUGCGCUGACCAACUGGCAAGUGUCUUCACUGACAUUUUCAACGUGUUUCUGACUGACUCUGUAAUACCAACAUGUUUCAAGCAGACCACCAUAGUCCCUGUGCCCAAGAACACUAAGGUAACCUGCCUAAAUGACUACCGACCCGUAGCACUCACAUCUGUAGCCAUGAAGUGCUUUAAAAGGCUGGUCAUGGCUCACAUCAACACCAUUAUCCCAGAAACCCUAGACCCACUCCAAUUUGCAUACCGCCCCAACAGAUCCACAGAUGAUGCAAUCUCUAUUGCACUCCACACUGUCCUUUCCCAAAUGGACAAAAGGAACACCUACGUGAGAAUGCUAUUCAUCGACUACAGCUCAGCGUUCAACACCAUAGUGCCCUCAAAGCUCAUCACUAAGCUAAGGACCCUGGGACUAAACACCUCCCUCUGCAACUGGAUCCUGGACUUCCUGAUGGGACACCCCCAGGUGGUAAGGGUAGGUAACAUUACAUCUGCCAUGCUGAUCCUCAACGCAGGGGCCCCUCAUGUACUCACUGUUCACCCAUGACUGCAUGGCCAGACACGACUCCAACACCAUCAAUAAGUUUGCCGACGACACAACAGUGGUAGGCCUGAUCACCGACAACGAUGAGACAGCCUAUAGGGAGGAGGUCAGAGACCUGGCCGUGUGGUGCCAGGAUAACAACCUCUCCCUCAACGUGAUCAAGACAAAGGAGAUGAUUGUGGACUACAGGAAAAAGAGGACCGAGCACACCACCAUUCUCAUCGACGGGGCUGUAGUGGAGCAGGUUGAGAGAUUCAUGUUCCUUGGUGUCCACAUCACCAACAAACUAUCAUGGUCCAAACACACCAAGACAGUCGUGAAGAGGGCAAGACAAAGCCUAUUCCCCCUCAGGAGACUGAAAAUAUUUGGCAUGGGUCCUCAGAUCCUCAAAAAUGUAUACAGCUGCACCAUCGAGAGCAUCCUGACUGGUUGCAUCACUGCCUGGUAUGGCAGCUGCUCGGCCUCUGACCGCAAGGCACUACAGAGGGUAGUGCGUAUGGCCCAGUACAUCACUGGGGCCAAGCUUCCUGCCAUCCAUGACCUCUAUACCAGGCGGUGUCAGAGGAAGGCCCUAAAAAUUGUCAAAGACUCCAGCCACCCUAGUCAUAGACUGUUCUCUGUGCUACUGCACGGCAAGUGGUACCGGAGUGCCAAGUCUAGGUCCAAAAUGAUCUCUUCGUAACAGCUUCUACCACCAAGCCAUUAGACUCCUGAACAGCUAAUCAAAUGGCUACCCGGACUAUUUCCAUUGUCCCCCCCAUGGGCUUGUAAGUAAGCAUUUCACUGCAAGGUCUACACCUGUUGUAUUUGGCGCAUGUGACAAAUACAAUUUGAUUUCAUUUCAUUUGUGCUCACCAGGCGAUUCAUGGUUACCGGGAGACCGAGCGUGCUCAGUGGGGAGCGGUGUGUGAGGGGGUGAUGGAUCGCCUCCGAGCUGUGGCGUUCUCUGAGGGCAGCCCUCUCCUAGGCCCUGUGCAUGUCCUGGACCUGGACAAGGCUGGAUACAUCAAACCACACAUCGACAGUGUCAAGGUAGGUAGACGGCUCUCAUAUUAACCUGAGAUGAAAUGCAUGAUAAAUAUGGAACAUGGUGUUCUGUGUGCUAGAAUUUUCCCCUGACAUGAUUAUUGAGUGGACACAAUGUGAAUACUUUUUUGGCACAAGUGUUGUUUCAUUUACAAUGCUGUUUGGAACUCUGUCAUUCUCUCGUCCCCCCUCACCCCUUUUUUUUUUGUCUUUCAUCCUGCCUCUCUCUCUCCCUUUCUCUUUCACUGUCUCCCUGCCCCCUUCUAUCCCUUCCUCUCCUCUCUCUCUCUGUCAGUUCUGUGGCAGCACUAUAGCAGGGCUGAGUUUGUUGUCAGACAGUGUGAUGCGCUUGGUGAGGGAGGAUGAACCUGCUGAAUGGCUGGACUUGUUUCUGCCCCGUCGCUCUCUCUACAUACUCAGGUAAGGACCCAAGAAAACCUGCCAUAGCAACAGGCUGUCUUUCAUUGUAUACAAACGACUAGAGUCAGAGUCUACCUGCUAGGCCUAGUAGUAGGUUUUAACUACCCAAAACGAUUAUUUGAAUUUAUAUGACCGGGGAAAAGAGCAACUGAGUAAAUACCGUAAUGAGAGUCUGCACUAAACAAACUCACAAUAUCUCCUGUGGAGAACAAGGACAUGAAGUGGUUUAAAAUGUACUUAAUUGUUCUCUGUUACCUCCAUGUUUGUAUACUCUGACUGAACCCCUUCUAUAGCAUAUAACUAUACUUAUGAGGGCCCAGAGGUCCGCCUGGUCAGAUGACCUGAGGUCGUAUUCAUUCAUUCUUUCAAGCAUUUCAGAGUAGAAUUGCUAAUCUAGGAUCAGGUCCUCCCCUGUCCAUGUUGGGGUUAAUUCCACAAAUUCUACAGUAUUUCAAUUCCCUCUCCCUGUAAAUUCCAUUUAAUUCAAUUCAAAUUCCAGGACAGUCUUUGAAUUGAGAUAAUUCCAUUCCUCAUACUGGAAGUUUAAAUGAUAUAUAUACAUUUUUAAAUGCAGUCCACUUUUUAUACUAAGUACAUUCAUUCCAUUAACUGGGAAUUGUACAAAUAUUGAAUUCCAAAGAUUACUUAUUUUUUUUACAAUUCCAAUUCAAAGUCUAAUUCCAAUUCCAUAACUUGAAGGUUGUUGACAUUCGAAUUGAAUUCAACGUACAGUAAAUUCUCCACUUCAUGAGUGAAUUCAUUGGAAUUUCAAAUUAAAUUGGAAUUGACCAACACUGGUCCAUGUAUUCAUAUUCAUUGUGAUCUAAAAGGCAUAACUGAUCCUAAACCGGCACUCAUACUCUGAGACACUUGAUACAACUCCUGGCAUUUCACACAUUGUGCUUGUGUGGUGAAUGACUGAUGGCAUUGUUUUCCUGCAUCCAUCCAGGGACCAGGCCAGAUAUAAGUUCACCCAUGAGAUCCUUAAAGAUGCCGAGUCCGUUUUCUCUGGACAGAGAGUGCCCCGCCAUCGCCGCAUCUCUGUCAUCUGCCGGAACCUUCCUGUUUGAAGCAUGAGAGCCAAGAGAGACAACUGUGACAGUCUCACUGGCAAUAGCCAGAGCUCGGUAUUUGAGACGUUAAAAACGUCACUGUGUUAACAUUUUAUGUACACACUUUCUCACUGUGCGAGAGACUGUUGUGAAUGACGAUUUAGACGUUUCCCUUAUAAUCAGUUUUCAUUCAAGCACUUUUUUCAAAAUAAACUACCUGUACAGGAUUUAAUUCUGAAUUAAAUGUCGGUACGGCAUACAGGUAUGAUGCAUUUCAAAGGGUCAUAAUGCAUUACAAGACUUGUCAUAAGUAUCUAUGAACUUCUUAUGCUAAUUAAUGCCAUAUAAUGAAUCUGAGUUAUUAGCCUUUUCAAAAAGGCCACAUAGAAAGGCAUGUUGAUAAGUUGUAGGAGAACCACUUGAAGGAGAACCUGCAUUUUCUGGUGCGCUUCACUACCCAACUAUCCAAGAUCUGUAUUAGGUAUUUUGUUAU